AUGGCUUUGCCUUCUUUAAACGUUUCAAUGGAUGAAGGAGCAGAACGAAGUCCAAAGGCUGAAGGAAAGAAUGACGCCCGCAACUUGAGCAACACAGAAACGGAAGAGGAAGAAGAUCAAGUGCUUGAGCUUCCAUCUUCUUCUUCUACUUCAUCAAUCACAAAAUCAUUAUCUCAAAUGACAGCAGCCGAAAGAAGAGAGCAUUCUCGGCGUCAUUCUCGCAUUCAUAGUCGUAAUUUGAGCGUUUUCUUUCCUCAACCUGGAAGUGAAGCAGAACGAGAAGCUGAUCAAAUUCAAGCUGCAAACACGUUUCAAAAGCCAGAAGUUCAUCUUGAUACAAAUGUAUCUUCUAGUUCAUCAAGACUCACUUCUGCCGAUUCAACAAAAUCACUCUCACCAAGUCCUUCAAAAUCACGUAAAGGUCACCAUCGCAAGCAUAGCGUGAUGCACGAUGCCGAUUUCGCACCACAAACCAAUCAACCACAUCUUCAUUCACAUCAUGAGCAUGAAGAAGAUCACAAGCAUACCGCAAGAGCAUAUCCACAACAUACACGCCAACAUUCCUCCUCACUUGUCGGACAAUUGCUCUCCACACCCGUUUGGAAUUUGUUGUCCAAUACAGCUCUGCCUCCUGCUCAUCGACCUAUUCUGAUCUUUGGUACGUUUCAUUUCAUUCUUGGUGCGGUUUUAUGGAUGAAAGGUCAAUCAGGUGAUAGCUUAGCGAUGACAGGAUUAGGGUAUCUGGUUGUAUUUGAUGCUUUUGGUGUGCUAAACUCUGUAGCCUCGGAGUGGCUAAUAGAACAAUGGAGAAGAGAGAAAGCCUCGGUGCACGCUCAUGGACACAACAAAAAGUUUGUCAAACCAUAUGGACCGCAUCGUAUUGAAACGUUGCUUCAAUUCAGUCAAACGAUCUAUUUGCUCUUCGCAGCCAUCUAUGUAUGCAAAGAAUCCGUUGAGCAUGCUUUGCUGGAAGGACACGAGGAGGAACAUCACGAGCAAGACGAGGUUGGAUUACGCCUGCCUCAGCUCACUCUCUUGAUCACAACUGCGGCCUGUAUAUUCAGCAAUGUCGUAUUGCAAAAUCACGUCAAACUUGUCGCUGCUUGUGGUUUCUCAACAGCUGCUUCAGAGGCCUCAAGCGCAAGUCGUAGAAGAGCUGGUCAUGGAAGACAGGUUUCCGUUUUGGCAGAUCCAAGUGUGAUGGCUGGUCCUUUCUUGCAGCUAUUUGCCAACCCGUUCAGCGUAACUGUAUUGUUCUUUGCGUCUACGCUCACCGUUUCUGCUUUCGCAAUGCCGGCAUUUCAAGUGGCUGCUUUGGAUAAAGUAUUGGCAGGAUUGGAAAGUGUUGCGAUGUUGUAUGUUGCAUAUCCUGCAAGUAAGGCAUUAGGAAAGAUUUUAUUGCAAACUGCACCAAAGCAACAUGAAGUACAAAACGUUCAAUUGAUGCGAACGUUACGAACGAUUGAAGAACACAAAUUGGUCACAUACGUUGCACCACCUCAUCUAUGGCAGUUGACCCCGCCCACAUCUGCUAUCAAUCAAACACAACCGGCUGCUGCCAUUCAAUUUUCUGCAAACGGUUUGAGCUCAUCUUCAUCGGCUUCUUCUCUUUUGCUUGGACAAGCUACUAAUCGGACAGCAAAGAAUGCGGCUUUGAUUGCUUCCGUACAGAUAUUCUUGCAUGACAAUGCUUCUGAUGCAGAUGUUUUGGAUAUCACAAGAUGGGCAUGGCAACUGCUAGCACCUGCAGUUGGUGCAGGAGCAGGAUUGCCUGUUGGUGAGAGCCUACGUGGUGCAUUGAGAGCGGGAGAAGUGAUCGUUCAAUCACACGCAUGAACAUGGUCACGAUCAUAGUCACAGCCAUACGCAUGACCACAGCCACAAUCACCGUCACACGCAUGAUCAUGCUCACCAUCACGCAGAUUCUCAUGAACAUGAUGAUCAUCACAAUCAUGCUCAUCACCACAAUGGUCACGCUCAUCAACACGAUCAUUCGGACCAUCAUCAUCAUCACUAAAAUUGAUUUGCUAUCAUGCUGUAGUCUAAUGUCAUAUAUCUUAGUUUUAACAGAUGCAUUUUGAG